CCAUCUCUGCUCGGCGCCCCGAGUCCUCCGUCGCCCUGCCCGCCUUGUCUGGCUGUGCCGGGGCAGCCCGGGGAGGGGGCGGGACGGGGCGAUGAGCCGGGCGGUGGCGGCGCGGAGCCGAGCAGCAGCAGCAGCAGCCACGGCCACGGCGUAGGGCUCCUCUCCCGGGCGGGACCGGGGCUGUCCCGCGGCGCUCGGCGGCUUCUCGGGGCAGGGGGGGAGCCCCCGAGCCGUAGGGGAGUUCUCUCCCCCGGAGUCCGGGCAGCAGGGGUGGCGGCAGUCGAGCAGGGGUGGGUCGUCCCCCGAUGUGUGACAUGAUCGACUCGCAGUCCGCCGAGAAGAUCAGCAGGAUGAAAAAGUUGCGGAGAACUUUAUCGGAGAGCUUCGGCCGAAUAGCCUUGAAGAAAGAAGAUAGCAGCUUUGAUGAGAUAUGUGUCACAAAGAUGUCUACACGGAACUGCCAGGGAAUGGAUUCAGUGAUCAAACCUCUGGAUACAAUUCCUGAGGAUAAAAAAGUUCGAGUUCAGAGGACACAGAGUAGUUUUGAUCCAUUUGAGAAACCAACUAAUCAAGUGAAGAGGGUUCAUUCAGAGAACAACGCUUGCAUUAACUUCAAAACUUCGUCUGCAGGGAAGGAAUCACCUAAAGUCAGGCGUCACUCCAGCCCCAGCUCUCCUACGAGCCCUAAGUUUGGAAAAGCAGACUCAUAUGAAAAACUGGAAAAACUAGGGGAAGGGUCCUAUGCUACAGUGUACAAAGGAAAAAGCAAGGUAAAUGGAAAGCUGGUGGCAUUGAAGGUGAUUAGAUUACAAGAAGAGGAAGGAACCCCAUUUACCGCUAUCAGGGAAGCUUCUCUUUUGAAAGGAUUGAAACAUGCAAACAUUGUGCUGCUUCAUGACAUCAUUCACACCAAGGAAACCUUGACACUUGUGUUUGAAUAUGUGCACACUGAUUUAUGUCAGUACAUGGACAAACACCCUGGAGGGCUUCAUCCAGAGAAUGUGAAGUUAUUUUUAUUUCAGUUGCUGCGAGGACUGUCUUACAUCCACCAGCGUUACAUUUUGCACAGGGACCUGAAACCACAGAAUCUUCUGAUCAGUGACACGGGGGAGUUAAAGCUGGCAGACUUUGGUCUUGCAAGAGCUAAAUCAGUCCCCAGUCAUACAUAUUCUAAUGAAGUGGUAACCCUAUGGUACAGGCCUCCAGAUGUCCUUCUGGGAUCAACAGAAUAUUCCACCUGCCUUGACAUGUGGGGAGUGGGUUGUAUCUUUGUAGAAAUGAUUCAAGGGGUCGCUGCUUUUCCGGGAAUGAAAGACAUUCAGGAUCAACUUGAAAGGAUAUUUCUGGUACUUGGAACACCAAAUGAAGAUACGUGGCCUGGAGUCCACUCUUUACCCCAUUUUAAACCAGAACGGUUUACACAGUAUGGCCCUAAAAACCUUAGACAAGCCUGGAAUAAGCUGAGCCAUGUGAACCACGCAGAAGAUCUAGCCUCCAAACUACUCCAGUGUUUCCCAAAGAACAGAUUGUCAGCACAGGCAGCUCUGAGCCAUGAGUAUUUCAGUGAUCUGCCCCCACGGCUAUGGGAGUUAACUGAUAUGUCUUCUAUUUUUACUGUACCGAAUGUAAGAUUACAGCCAGAGACUGGAGAAAGCAUGAGAGCCUUUGGAAAAAACAAUAGUUAUGGGAAAGGUGUAUCAAACAGCAAACAUUGAAGAAUACCUAUGUUCACAACUGAUAAUGCAGGAUUAAAUUUACCAGGUUGGAGGAGGGAAACAAAAACCUAAUGAGGAGGCCGACACCAGGAAGGAACCACGGCCUGUUUCCUUUCUUUCUCUAUGGUGGAUUUCAUUCAAAAGAAAAUUGAAGCUGGCAAGACCCUGUUUUUCCCUGCAAUUUAUUUAAAACCUUGCACGCAUUUGGAUACCUUGUGAUUUCAGAGAACUAUGUGCAGAUUAAGCUUUUGCUUACUGAUACAUGGCAUGUACUCUUUCAGUCUUUUGUGUUUGAUUUUGUUUGAUUUUCCACUGCAGCGCUGCAUCUUUGUAAGCACCAGCAAUGUCUUAAAUACUUUCAGACAACACAUUUGGCGUUCACACUUCUUUAGUAACAGCUGUACUAAAAGAGGCAAUGGUGGCAUAAAGAACUGUGUGUUUUCUUUGAGAGUUAUGCAUAUUUUGCAACCAGUGGGAAGACUAUUUCUUCCAGGGCAAGCCCAACUUGUCUGAUCAGCUGACAGUUAUAACACCUUGCCACUCUUCCUGAAGUGUUGUUGGGUUAUUUCUUUUUCAUUAUCCCCUCAGACCAUUCAUAUCCAUUUUAAAAACAUGGCAAUAAUUGCAUGUUUACUUCAGUACUCUGAAUUUGGUUACUCUGCUUAGGCUAUGUAGCAUGCCAGUUUUCAAAAUAGGCCUGUGAGAAGGACAAAGCAAAAAUGAUGAGAUGUAUGCAGCUGACAUUCAGUGAAUAUACAGUGAAUUCUUUAUGAUUUUAUUUCCUUCAAGAAUAUAUAUUUCUUUUAUGGGUCUUGGUUAACAUCUCUGUUUUUUCUCACAGUAGUUACCUGGUUUGGAACGUUUUCUUGAAAACAGAGAUGCUGAAACUGUUCUGUUUAAUUCAAGGCAGAUACUAAGGUACAGAAAAACUUCCAUUGAAUGAGCCAUUAAAUCUAGCUGUUUUACUUUGCCAUGUACAAAGCAUGAAGGUGAAGAAUUUUCCUCAUCCCAAAUUGUUUGCUGUUCCACACCAAAGCACCUUUCAAGUUAUUUUCAGUAUGUAUUCUGAGCUGAUUGGAAGGCACUACGUGAUCCUUGGUCUUUAGAUAGCUUUUCUGAAUGAAUCAUUCAAAUGCAAACUUUGCAAGAAAUUAAGUUGUGUGAUUUUAGAAAAGGAAGCCCCGAUACAUUAUGGUUGGGGAGAACAUUGUGUUCAGGGGUGUGAAAAAACUGCCCUGACUGUAUACAAUGCUUUGCAUUCAGAAAGGGCAGGGUAUGGUGCAAAAAUCACUGUUGAGUUAUAGUCCUGCUCGGACAGAAACGCUUGCUAGGCAAUAUUAUUCUACACAUAAAUUUGACAUCCUUUGCUUGCUGGAUGCAUUGAAUUACAUUUUUAAGAAGUGUGGUAACACUUUGGUUAGUUUUCAGUGUUUAAAAGGAGGGGAAAAGGAUUUGUGCUACUGCCAUCUUAUUAAACUCCAGCAGUGUUUAAUAAGAAAAAAUCACCCAAUAAGGCAAAUCCUUGAAUGCACAAGUAGCUACAAAAGGUCCCGUAAUGAACUAGGACAGGAGUCUACACUUUCAAAGAGCUGAACUGUGGAAAUAUUCUCAAUAUUUGUACAGCCAUUAAAAGACAAUUUUCCCCAAUGACAUCUCUGUUUCAGGAUCUGCAAAAAGCCAUCUGAAAGCCACUUUCAGUCACAAUCCUAUUUAGAACUUACUACAGUUUUCCCCCUGUGUUUAUAAGGGGAAAAGUGACCACUGAACUUUGAAUUUAUCACACACUGAAACUGCCUUAGAUGUUGUUUGUUUGGGUUUCAUAUUUCUUUUUUUUGUAAGAGAAAAGUCUUUUAUACAUUAUCUUUGCUACUUAAAUCGUGUGCAGUUUGAUGAUUAAAAUUAGCUAUUUUUAAAAAAAAACUUGCUGCAAAAAUCUGAAGAAUUUUUGAAAAUGUAACAAAGAUUUUGAUUAGGAAUAUAAGGGUAGUUCCAUAGAUGUUUCUACUUGGCAGCUUAAAUUGAGAGGCAAGCAAUUAUGCUGCUCAGCUAACCAUCUGAAGGUUUAAUAUAGAAAGUAAUUCCCCAGCUGUUCCCACAAGCCUAGCACAUUACUAUCCAUAGUGACUCACAUACAGUAUUUGCUUAAGGUAUGUAUGUGUGUGUGUGUGUGUGUGUGUACACACACAUGCAAGUGAGAUUAUCUUCUCUGCCCCAUUCCCACUUUUAAGCAACCACUGAAAUAAAGUUGGUCCAAAAAUCUUUGAACUCAAUUGCCUGAAGGAAAGUUCAUAAAUAUCUAGGCUUCUAAGUAGUAACUUAUUCUUCAGCAGUAGUGAGGUUAUCUCAGCUACUGAUCAUUAAGAAGUGACCAGGAUCUCUUACUUAUGCAUCUACUUUCCAGGCCCCCUGAUUGCCUUGGGUUUGUGGUGACUUGGAUUUGCUGCUCUCCCGUGGAGGCUCUGGGCCCUGGGGAUGUUCUCCCAGCACCAAGGGGACAGCACACUGGUGCUGUUCACAUGAGCACUGCAAAUUAAUCUUCUGAAACAUCAAAUCUGAUGGGAAAUAUCAAGGGUUUUUUAGAAAGCAGAAGCUCCUUUGGCCAGGGAACUGACAGUUAGCAGUACGGCCUUAUUUCCCUCUUCCCCUUUCCAGCAGAGCCCUUACCUGCAUGAUUAGCCUGACUGACAUCCAUCAGUUAGGCCCCCCUGACAGCUGCCCACUCCUCCAGCUGUUUUCAGCACAGCUCUUCUCAGUGUUGCAGAGUGGACUGUUUAAACCCCAUCAGUGGUCUUGAGACAGCUUCAGCAAAGAUCAGUAGUAGAUCCUUUUCUCUCAUCCUUCCCAAAUCAGUUCCCCACAGAAUCUUCAAAGGGACAAGAAGCCCAGCCUUCCAGAUGUGCUGUGGGUACCUGGAACGCGAAGUUUCAUGUUGUCAACAGUCAAAAAUUGGCUUCAGUGACCAGUAGUCUCUGGGGCACAGUCCUUGAGAAACUGUGCAACUUGCUUGGUGUCAGUAGCCAGCAGCAGCAUAACUUGCGUUUUCCUACCACUUGACUGAGCCCCAGUAGAUCCUUCCUGGUGAUACUUGAGAGGAUGUGGCUUUGCUGCAAGACGGGAGAGCAGCUACAGGGCAACAGAUAUAGCAGGCAGAUAAAAGUGUUUUAACUCUCUGUGGGAUCUAAUAUUAAGUGAACGGGGAAGGGAAGAUGGUGAUAGAGAUGGCCUGCAUGAUACAGAGAGUCCUUACAAGUUUCAAGUUCACCGAAUCUGACUUUACUAGUCAACCAGCUGGAGAUGGCUUAGUCCUCUCUC